GUGUUAUGUAUAUAAAAGUAAUGACGGUUUGUUGUGUUGGCGUGCGCACCAGUGUUGCCAUGUUGUUUACCGUGCUUCUCCAAUGGAAUGUUUGUUAAUUAAAUCAAUGAAAGGAAACAAAAAUUGAGAUUUCUUAAAGAAAAAUAAAUGAAAUAGUAAAGAAAAAAAUUUGUUUAAAAACCAAGUAAUCUUGUGAAAGUGUCAAAAGAGAAAAAAUAGAAAAACAAAUUGAAAAAUUAAUUAAAAAUUCAAAUUGGAAGGAAAUUUCCUUGUCCGUGUGUUGUCUUUCGUGUAUCCUCGUUAAGCAAACGUGUAUCCUUUCAGACAGACAGACAUACAUAUCUGCCUACCUUAACUAUAAUCGUGUUUUAAGCAUGUUCUCAGCUUCUGGUAUUCGUUGUUGUCCAUUUCUAUUAAAAUGUUAGUUUCGUUGUCGGUCAUUAUUGCCUGAAUCCGUGCAUAAAAACAAAAUUCCAAUGCGUUGUUCGUGUCUGUUUCGCUGGUGAAAAACAGAAGUUUCGUGUUUGACGGACGUGUUGCAAAAGCAUUUGUUUUCGUUAAAAUAAGAAAAAUGUGGAUUGUAGUUUGUCGGCGGUGGUUUUCCUUUGCGAGAAACGAAACAAAAGCGGGUUACAGAUUUGGAUGUUAACCACGUCAAGGAUUACUUAAGGAUAUUUUGAAAAAAAAAUACAUAAAAUAAAACAAAACAAAGGACCUUGCAAAUGUCCGACCCCAUUGAAAGGGGCAGCGUUGUUUUAGCGUUUUUCCGUAUGGUCCCCUCAAAUGUCCUUUCCAUGUCAACAUAACCUUUGAACAAAAAAACGCAAAAUUGUCAGGGGAUAAAUAAAACAGAGAGACAGAGAAUUUUAAAUUAUCAUGCCGGCUGGCUGGUAUAAAAAUAUUCUCACAAAAUCCAAUUCAGACCCUGAACCAUGGAAAAAUAAUUAAAUAACUGUUGUGUUAAAUUAAGAAAAUUUCGCAAAUUUAUCAUAUCAAUCAAUAAUGAAACACGUAUCAAUAAAUCAAUUAAAAUAAAUUCAAUUUUAACCAAAAAACAUAUCAACAAAAAUAUCACCGAAAAACCCCCAAUCAAUUAAAUUUGAAGAUAUUUCUCUUAAAAUAAAAAAAUAAUAAUAAAUAAAAAAUAAUAGUUCCCAAAAAAAGUGAUUCAAAAUUCUGUGCAAAUUUUGUUGUGUGUGUGUUAAAAUUAAAUAUCAAAAAAAUUAAAAAUAAUACAGCAAAUAGUAAAUCCCAUGAAAUUAAUUAAGCGUAACACAUAAAACCAAAAUUGGUUAAUGGCCCAUAACCGCACCGACAUGACAUAGGGAAUAUUUUAGUAAGGUUUUAACCUUUAGCAAGUUCAGCAAAACUUCGGUCGUCUGGCGAUUAAAUCUCCUCACAGCAAAGACAUAUCACCAAAUUACAUUGGGCUCCAGUUGUAUUCCCCAAAAAAACCCUACAAUAAAAUCCACCAGAGAGGGAAUAAGAAAGACCCAACUCUAAAAUAAGGCUUCCAUAGCAAUAAACAAAUAUAUCCUGCCACAAAAGGACACUCUCACAUACACACAGAAAAAAGGGACAAAGAAGGAUAUCAUUAAUUUUCUUUUGUCAUUUCUUAAAGACCACAAAAGAAAAACAAAAAGGAAAGGGCGGCAAACGCCGAAUUAAAGCCAGACAGGUGCUCACCCCUUAAAAAGACCGGAGACCAAAGCAAGGAAAAAAGGAAAUAAAUAAAAACGUUUGGUCACUUGUGUUAUUGCAUUACUAUUAUUAUUUUCGUCCUGUAGCCGAAUAACACAGAAGGACAUUAGGAUCAACAAUAAAAAUGAAGUGCCAUAAAUGUCAGCGGAUUUUAAUGGCCUGCCCAGCAACAACUACAAUAACAUGUUGCUGCUGCUGUUGUAGUAGCAGUAGUAGUUCCGCUACAACAACGCAGACAUUUACAUCAACGUCAACCAGGACGAAACCGACAAUGUCCUGUUUACCAGCCAACCGUAGAGCUUUCACCUCAUCAUCUUUGUCAUCCGCCAAGUUAUCAUCAUCGUCUUCGUUUUCUGCGUCGUCCAUGUCCUCGUUCUCAUCAUCACCUAUUUUCCGUUGGAUUUUUAUGACAUUCGUAUUCCUGUUACCUGCACAAAAUGCACUGGCACGUCUGCACUCAUCCUCCUCCUUAUCCUCAGCGUCUGCGUUACAUAGUUUGGGUUUAGUUGGCAGCGGGAUUGGUGGUGGCGGAAGUGCUGGCAUUGGAGGUGUUGGUGGUUCGAGUUCCGGCAUGGGUGGAUCAUUAUCCUCUAAAGAUGCACACGUUAAAACAAAAGAUAUUGAAGCUGUCGAGGGUAAAUCAGUGUCACUGCCAUGUCCCAUAUCUGCGCCAUUGGACGAUGUCUACAUGGUCUUGUGGUUUCGUGAUAAUGCCGGCAUACCUUUGUACAGCUUUGAUGUGCGAGAUAAAAUGAACACUGACCAGGCAAGGCAUUGGUCAGCACCCGAAGUGUUUGGUUCACGUGCCAAAUUCCAUUUCGAUUCGCAGCCAGCAACUUUGGAAAUAAAGGAUAUCAAACGUCACGAUCAAGGCAUCUAUCGCUGUCGCAUCGAUUUUCGUACGAGUCAAACACAAAGCUUCCGUUUCAAUUUAUCCGUUAUAAUUCUUCCAGAACAGCCCAUAAUAUUGGAUCGUUGGGGUCGUCAAUUAAAUGGUACGAAAUUGGGGCCAAAACAGGAAGGUGAUGAUAUUGUUAUAACCUGCCGGGUGGUGGGAGGACGACCACAACCACAAGUGCGAUGGCUGGUCAAUGGUCUGCUGGUGGACAACCAAUACGAACAUUAUUCCGGUGAUGUUAUCGAGAAUCGUUUGCUAUGGCCAUCGGUUCAACGAACGGAUUUAAAUUCCGUUUUCACAUGCCAGGCUCUGAAUACGCAAUUAGACAAGCCCAAGGAAAAGAGCUUCAUCUUGGAUAUGCAUUUGAAACCACUUGAAGUAAAAAUAAUAGACCCACCCAAUUCAAUGGUGGCCGAUAGACGGUACGAGGUAACAUGUGAAUCAACCGGUUCCCGACCAAAUGCCAUCAUUACCUGGUAUAAAGGAAAAAGGCAAUUACGCCGAACGAAGGAUGACAUAUCGAACAAUACAACACGUUCGGAAUUGAGUUUUGUGCCAACAACAGAUGAUGAUGGCAAAUCGAUAACAUGUCGAGCAGAAAACCCAAAUGUCAAUGGUUUAUAUUUAGAGACCAUGUGGAAAUUGAAUGUAGUAUAUCCACCUUUGGUUACCUUGCGCCUGGGCUCAACACUUUCACCCGAUGACAUUAAAGAAGGUGACGAUGUCUAUUUUGAGUGUCACGUACAAUCGAAUCCUCAAUGGCGUAAACUUUUAUGGCUCCAUAAUGGAAUACACCUGGAGCACAACACAUCGGCGCGUGUAAUACGCUCUAAUCAGAGUUUGGUGUUGCAAAAAAUUACGAAACACUAUGCGGGAAAUUAUGCAUGCAGCGCCAUCAAUGAUGAAGGAGAGACUGUCAGCAACCAACUGCCGUUACGUGUUAAAUAUACACCAAUUUGCAAACAUUUAGAUCGUGUCAUCUUAAUAGGCGCCUCAAAGGAUGAAACUGUCGAAGUUGCGUGUGAAAUUCAAGCGGAUCCACCACCCAGAUCAUUUCGUUGGAAAUUCAAUAACUCUGGUGAAACCUUGGAUGUGGGCAGUGAACGUUUCAGUGUGAAUGGUAGCCGAAGUAUUUUGAAAUAUACACCAGUUACAGAUCAGGACUAUGGCACCUUAUCAUGCUGGGCCUCCAAUGAAGUCGGAACCCAAAGUCAACCAUGUCUUUUCCAGGUUGUAUUGGCAGCUCUACCCAAUGCCGUUGCAAAUUGUACCGUCUUCAAUCGAACUGAGCUAAGUGUUGACAUUCAAUGUAUACCUGGCUAUGAUGGUGGUCUUCCGCAAAUAUUUGUUUUGGAAAUGUUCUCAACACGCACCGGAAUCACAAGAUUUAAUAUAACCAACCCCGAGGAGCCACAAUUUUCUUUGGAAAAUUUGGAUACUUUAACAUCAAUAAUGACCCAAGAGAACAAUUCAUUGAAAUUGCGCAUUUAUGCCUACAAUCAAAAGGGACGAAGUCCUUCGUAUCUGAUACAGGAUAUGGUGAUUGGAGCUACAGGCUUUAAAAACGAUGAUGAUGUAUCCUUGACGCUGUCGCCCGUUAUCGUUGGGAGUGUCCUUACAAUUGUUAUUAUUAGUUUGGCAAUCGCUUUGAAAAUAUUCAUGAUGACAUUUUUACACAAUUUACGUCGCAAUCGUCAACAUGGCACAAAGGCGACGGCCACAGCUGUUGUAGCUCAGACCGGUGAUGUUUACAAGGGCAGUGGAAUGGAUAAACCACGAUGGCAACAUACUGACAUUAAAUCCAAAUCCUCAGAAGAUUUGGUAGAAGAUGAACGUGAUCCGGAUGUUAUACCCUCUCAAUACGUUGGCAGUGUGGGCAGCGGCAGUUCAACCAGUUCCGCCAAUGCCAGCAUUGCUGGUGUUAGCGUCAAUGGCGUAGGUGGCGGCGGCGUUAACGUUGCUACAAACGGCAGUGUUAGCCAUCAUUUUACAUCCACAUCAUCCAAAUGGUCACCGAGUUCAAAUCAACACACCAACAAGAGCUAUGAAUCGAGCAUGAUGCAACAGAAUCCAGCUUCGGCGGGUGUUGCUGCCACAACAGCUACUGCGGCAAAUGCUGCUGGUGGCACUUUGGGCCGUGGUGGCAACGAUUCGUCCAUACCCAUAACAUUCAAUCAAAUCAACGCACGAACUCAUCUUAUGGCUUCCGCUUCAAUGCUCUCGCCCACGGGCUCAACGACGACGACAGCAACAGCUGCUGGUACACUCAGUCGUGGCGGUUUGGGUGUAAUAGCAACAUCUACAUCGGCAAGUGGUGGUGAUGCUACGACUGUUGCGGCCUAUAUGGCUUCAGAUGUGGCCAAUAUCAUAGGAUCGCCCACAUCACUGGCCUCUUCGAUGGGCUCACCGCACAUGCAACAAAAACUGCACUCCAGUGGGGUGGGUACCCUGCCACCCGGACUGGGGAGCGGUGGUGGCUAUAUAUUGAAUAGCCUCAUUAACAGCAGCAGUGGCACAGCCAUGUCCAGCCUGCAUCAUACCUCGGCGUCGUCCACAUCAUCGUCUUCGGCCAAUGCAGGAGGACGUGUUAACCUCCAUCAUGCCACAACGACGCUGCAUCAUCACAAUACACUAGGCGGCCGUGGUAAUCAUGGCCAUUACAUGGCACCCACACCGCCUUCCAUGAUGUUAACAUCACAAACAACAUCGGCCCUAAGUGGCGGCAGUGGCAGUACACCCGGCUCGACAUCUGGUGUUGGCCUACUUUUGGGCUCGAGUGGAGUUGGCAGCACCUUGGGCGGCCUGGGUGUCGCCAGCAGUAGUCUGCAUUCGUCUUCAUUGGCCUCGGCAGCGCCCUCAACAACGACAACAUCGUGUAACUCAUCCACUGACCUGGAUGAUAAUAUUAACAUCAUGGCCAUUAAGGAUUGCUUAAUGACCCAGCGUGUACCCGAAAGUUGUGUCUGAGUUGUUCCCGAAUAUUAUGCAGAGCUACGGUGUAAUAUUUUUGCUUUAAUUUUUGGCCAAAGUUGCAGAGCUGGAAAUGGGAAUGGAAAAAAAACACACAACCAUUCCAUUAUCUCGAACAACAUCCAUCGUUAUCAAUGCAAAUCUCUGGAGCCGGAUUAUAUUUUAGGUGCUUAUGCUUUAUGUUGAACUGAUAAUUGAAAACGGAAAACAAAAAAAAAAAAUAAUAAUAAUAAUAAAAAUAUGAAAAUAGGGAAAUACUUUUUGUUUUUCCC